AUGAAAGACAAACCCGGAAGCCAGGACAUGUGGGUUAUCCAGCGGUCAAAGAUUACCUCUGCGGCUGCAGGGGAUGAAACAGGAGGCUGUGGGCUGGCUGAUCACACCUGGCAGCACCUGCAGUUCUGUGUUGAUGGAGGCCAGAAGGAGCAGAACCUCCCCUUGCCCUCUAAAGGAGACUUCUCUUCUAGAGAUGUGGGAAAGGAGCCAAGCCCCAAAGAAGGCCGGCGGCCGCCACUCAUGGCCACCACGUUUCUUAAAAGGCAUCCCUCCAAAGGUUUCUCUGCCAGGGCGGUGGCCCUGGAGCUGAUGGAAGGAGUUGCUGGUGAAGAGCAAGCCCCCUCGUGUGGCACUGUGUAUUUGCCCUGCACCCCGCUGAAAGAGGCUUCCCUCUGCCGGCAACCCCGUGCCUUGUUUGAGGUGCUGUGGUCCCCCAUGGCCUGCCAGCUGGUCCUCCUUACCCUCUGGGCCUUGGCCAGAGCCCUCAGCCAGCCGGACCUCUGCGAGUACGAGACCAACAAGAUCAAGGACCUGCUGCAGGCGAGCUGCGUAGGGAAGGGGCUGACCCAGGUGCCCCCAGGGCUGGACCACAAUACCGGCAUCUUGCUGCUGGGCUCCAACAGCCUGGCCCGGGUCUCCACGGCAACGUUCCGGCAGCUGCGUAACCUGACGGACCUGGACUUGUCUCACAAUGGGAUGGAAGACCUGGAGGCCGCCUCCCCUUUGCCCACCCUCCAGGAGCUGGACCUAUCCCACAACACCCUGCGGAAUCUGCCUGCCCUGCAGGGAUUCCCCAGCCUCACCCGCCUGGCCUUGGGCCACAACGCCCUCUCCGGGCUCCCCGAGGGGGGCUUCCGGGCCCUCAGGCAGCUGGUGGACCUGGAGCUGCAGGGGAACCAGCUUUCGAGCCUGCCGGAGGGAGCCUUCGAGGGCCUGGAUGCCCUGAAGGACCUGGACCUGUCCGAUAACCACCUGACGGUGCUGCCCCCGGAGCUGCUGGCGGAGCUGCUGGCGUUGGAGACCCUGCGCCUGGAGAGGAACCAGCUGCAGUCCCUGCCGGAGGGCUUCUUCCCCGAAGGGCAGCUCUUUGCCUACGUCUACCUGGCGGAGAACCCCUGGCUCUGCGACUGUGCCUUGGAGUACCUGCGCAACUGGAUUUUGGAGAACACGUUCAGUGUGUACACUCGGGUGCAGAAGGCUGAGAAGGAGAUCACGGAGAACGAGCCCAAGAACGUCACGUGCCGGGAGCCCCCAGAGGAACUGGGGCAGCCCGUCAUGGAGUUCCAGUCCAACUGCCAGCCAGAAGGGUCCAGGGGCAGCCUGGGGGAUGAGGAGAUAUCCGAGCCCCAGACAAGCCCCUCUGGCCCCAACACUUCCCCCGAGGCGCUCGCCACUCCCCCUUCCCCUGCAACCGUCCCUGCCCCCUUCACACAGCCGGAGCCUGCUGCCCCUGCACGCCCGACCCCCUCGUUGCCCACGAGCAGAGCCACCCCCCUGGCACGCUCCACAGCCCCAGCCACCCCAAGCGCUUCACCCACCGCCAUGGGCAGCCAGGCCACAGCUGCCCCCACAACCACAGCUGCCCAGACAGCAGCUGCCCCCAGCACCUCGGGGCUUUCUCCUGUGCCCGCCACAGCUGUCCCCACAACCACAGCUGCCCAGACAGCGGCUGCCGCCAGCACCUCGGGGCUUUCUCCUGUGCCCACCACAGCUGUCCCCACAACCACAGCUGCCCAGACAGCGGCUGCCGCCAGCACCUCGGGGUUUUCUCCUGUGCCCACCACAGCUGUCCCCACAACCACAGCUGCCCAGACAGCGGCUGCCGCCAGCACCUUGGGGCUUUCUCUUGUGCCCACCACAGCUUCCCCUGGCACUGGAGAGCCUGCUACCACUCCCCCUACCCCUGCCCAGGCCAUGAGCACAGCGCAAGCCACACCUGCUCCCAGCGGCACCACAGCCCUCCUGCUUCCAGCCACAACUCACCCUGGCCUCACUGCCCACCUCCAGGGGCCUGCCCCUCCUGCCUACUGCCAGUGCCCUAUAAUGCCCAGCGUGGCCUUGGGGCUAAGCAGGCAGCGGCCACCUCCAGCGUCCUGGGGAGCCUGGCUGGCCGUCCACUGCUGCCCUCUGCGCCUGGCGCUGUAUGUGGCCUGCCUGGUGCUGGUGCUCCUGCCCAUGCUAGCGGUGCUCUGCUGGUGGGGCUGGACGGGCACCUGGCACUCAGAAGCCACGCAGGGUGCUCUGGGGGCCCAGCUGGUCAGGCACCAGCAGCUGCAGCAGGUGGCAUGCGAGAGGUGCCAAGUGCCAGGGGAAGGGCGCCAGCCUCUGCCCAGGCCCCGCCUCUACCGUGUCUGCAAGAAGCUGGAGAUCGGCCCCCUCCGCUACGUCACCUGGCUCCUGAUCAGUUUGCCGGGCCCCUCGGGGCAGUGGCCCUGGGAGCGCAUGGGCAGCUUCCCCUCCUACGGCCUGGACCGAGGGAAGGACGACCUCAGGGCCCUGCGGGUGAGAUAUGCCUCCUCCACACUGUAG